AUGAUGAAGGAGUACCAGAGGGUAUCAGGAAACACUGUAGCUUGGACACAUAUACUGCCUCAGGAAGUAAAGAAACUUCAGGAUGUAAAGGAUUCUCUGCUUUCACCAGUCAAAUGUCAUCCCGUGUCAGCAAAAGAGCUAAAAGAAAAGUUUGAAAAAGCAAAGAGAAAUCUUAUGGUUGAUGAUUUACAAAGGCAAGAUAUUGAGGAACAAACUAGAGGUCAAUCAAACACUGAAUUAUGGCAUCGCCACAGACAACCAAGGAUUACUGCCACAAAAUGUUACCGUGUAGCUGUACAGAGAGAAAGUACGUCCCCUACUAAGAUAAUUAAAGAUAUACUUGGUUACAACAAGGCCUAUCAAAGUAAGUCAAUGGAGGAAGGACUGAAAAUGGAAGACCAGAUUAUCAAUGAUUACAAGCUUCUCAAGCAAAGUCAAGGAGAUGAAGGCAUAACAGUCUCAAAAUGUGGGUUUUUGUUUCAAAAGAACAUGGUUACCUUGGUGCUAGCCCCGAUGGCCUUGUACAUGAUCCAUCAGCCUCUGAUUCAGAGGGACUUAUAG